AUAAUCCGAAGGGACAAAGCUCACCUGGCGUACAAUUCUACAUCCCACUUCAAGAGAGACUUACGAUUUUUUGCUCAGGAUAUUGCAGACGAUUUGCUCAACGGCUUUAUUCUCGAUGACCGUCGUCUGUUUUCACACGGUGUCGGUGCAAAUAACUGGUCGCCUGGGCAUAUUCUGCGCAACGACCCUAAUUUGGGGAGUGAAUCAUGCUGGAGCUGGCUACAUGAAACUGUCAAGCAUUAA